CACACUCCGAUGUAUUAUUUCCUGAGCAACUUGAGUUUCUUGGACAUCUGCUACACAUCUACCACCAUGCCAGUCCUGCUGGCGAACGUCUUCCAGGAGAAGAAGACCAUCUCCUAUGAGGGCUGCCUUUCCCAGCUUUUCUUCUUUGUGACGUUCGCCGGCACUGAGGGUGUCUUGUUGGCUGCUAUGGCAUAUGACCGCUAUGUAGCCAUUUGCCGCCCGCUUCAAUAUCCAGUUCUCAUGAGUAUGAAGGUCAGUGUUUGUUUGAUGACUGGGUCCUGGCUGUGUGGGCUGGCGAACUCUGUGACUCACACAGCGCUGACAGCCACACUCACUCUGUGUGGGCCCAACCAGAUCAGCCACUUUCUCUGUGACGUCCCAUUGCUCCUGAAGCUCUCCUGCUCAGACACCUGUGUUAACAAGUCUGUGCUCUACGUGGCCAGUGCCACCAUCGGCCUGAGCCCCUGCCUGUUUACUGCAGUGUCCUAUGCACUUAUCAUCUCUGCCAUCCUAAGGAUUUCCUCUGCUGAGGGCAGGAUCAAGGCCUUCUCUACCUGUGCAUCCCACCUCACUGUGGUGGUGGUGUUCUUUGGAACAGCCAUCUUCAACUAUGACAGACCCGAUGUAGGCUACAGCCUGGACGUGGACAUCUUGAUCUCUAUGCUCUUUUGUGUUGUGACCCCCAUGUUAAACCCCAUAAUCUACAGCCUGAGAAACAAGGAGAUCAAGGUUGCCCUGAAGAAGCUAGCUGGAAAACAUGGAUUCUCUAGUGAGAUCAGUAUCUAG